GUGGACACACUACGGCAUUAGCUACAUUGUCAUUAAUUGCAAAACUCGAAUGACAUGGUUGAACUGAGGAUACACCAGGACUCAAAACAAAAAGUCAUGCGGAUCACGGAAAAGCCACAACUUUGUUUUAAAAGCCGUCAGUUGUGAUAUUCAACAGAAUACGCAUUUUGCAAGCCUUGCGACUCGCGAUGCCCGGGUGUUUGAGCUAAUGCGCAGAAGCAUCACAACGUGUUUUGAGGAAAAAGGUCACGAACUCUGACCCUGCCUGAAGCAGGAGCAAAAGACAGAAAAAUAACAUUAAUUUAUUACCUAUACAAUAGCGUACAACAAGCAGAGCAGAGUUGAUCAGACGGUUGAUUGUGGCCUGUGGAAUGUGGUCCCACACCUCUUCCAUGGCUGUACGAAGUUGCUGGAUAUUGGCGGGAACUGGAACACACUGGUGUACACGUCUAUCCAGAGCAUCCCAAACAGGCUCAAUGUUUGAUGUGCCUCCUGGGGCUUUGAUGUGAGCGGCAGCAGAAGGUAACAGAAUUGGCGUCAUGGACGGACAGACUCAGAGGAUUCAGCUGGUGUCAGCUGAUGGUGGCAUGAUGGGACACCGUAUCCAGAUUGUGACAGACCAGUCCACGGGCCAGAAGAUCCAGAUCGUCACUGCAUUGGAGCAGGGUUCUGGUGGGAAGCAGCAGUUUAUCCUGGCUAACGCAGACUACUCCACAGCAGGCAAGGUAAUCCUAGCCAAACAAGAAGCCUCGUCCCCGGGCAAGGUGAUCCUGGCGGCCCCAGAUGGUUCAGGGGUCAACCAGCUGCUGUUUGUCUCCCCUGACCUGGCUGGCCAGCAGAUCCAGUUUGUGACGGAAGGGUCAGACCAGGCCCUUUCCAAGCCUGUGGUGGAGUACUGUGUGGUGUGUGGAGACAAGGCCUCAGGUCGUCACUACGGGGCUGUGAGCUGUGAGGGCUGUAAGGGUUUCUUCAAGCGAAGCAUCAGGAAGAACCUGGUUUAUACAUGCAGGGGGUCUGGCGAGUGUGUCAUCAACAAGCACCACAGGAACCGCUGCCAGUACUGCAGACUUCAGCGUUGCAUGGUUCUGGGCAUGAAACAGGACUCCGUUCAGUGUGAGAGGAAGCCGGUGGAUGUAUCCAGAGAGAAGUCUAUCAACUGUGCUGCGUCUACGGAGAAGAUCUACAUCAGGAAGAACCUGUGUAGUCCUCUGGCUGCCACGCCCACCUUCGUCACCGACAAGGAAACCGCCAGGUACUACAAGGAGACAGCCAGAUCAACUAGUUUGCUGGAGUCGAGCAUGCUCCUCAACAUCCAGCAGCCAUUCCCCAAGCUGGAGAACACCAUCCUGCUCCCGACAUCCCCUGAAUCGAAUGACCCAUGUCAGGGUGACCUGAGCACGCUGGCUAACGUGGUGACAUCAUUGGCUCACCUGAACAAGGCCCGGGAGAUGAACGACAUUACAGACGGCAAUGACCUAAUGGGUAUGGACGACACCCUUAGCAACGGAGACAGCUCAAUGACGGAUCUCCAAGGAGACGAACAGACCGCCAGUGACAUUACGCGAGCGUUUGACACCUUGGCCAAGGCCUUGAAUCCUGGUGAUGGCUCAGCGGCCUCUCUGGAGGCCACGUUGCAGUUGAUGUCAGGGGACCAGUCGGGCCCUGUGGUGGAGCUGGAGGGGCCCCUUCUCUCAGACAGCCACGUCCCCUUCAAGUUGAUGAUGCCUUUGCCCAUGCCUGAGUACCUAAACGUGAACUACAUCUGUGAGUCGGCCUCAAGGCUCCUCUUCCUGUCCAUGCACUGGGCGCGCUCCAUACCUGCCUUCCAAGCCUUGGGGGGUCUCGAUAAUGACAUUAACCUGAUGAAGGCUUGUUGGAACGAACUGUUUGCUCUGGGCCUGGCUCAGUGCGCCAACGUUAUGAAUGUCGCCACCAUCCUGGCUGCCAUCAUCAACCACCUGCAGACCAGCCUACAAGAAGGUACAGGAGAGAAGCUGUCACCAGAGCGAGUGAAGCUGGUGAUGGAACACAUCUGGAGGAUGCAGGAGUUCUGUAACAGCAUGGCCAAGCUGUCCCCUGACUCGUAUGAAUACGCCUACCUCAAAGCCAUCGUCCUCUUUAGCCCUGACCACCCAGGCAUUGACAACACCUUACAGAUCGAGCGGUUCCAGGAGAAGGCUUACAUGGAGCUACAGGACUAUGUUACCAGGACCUACCCAGAAGACUCCUAUCGGUUAUCCAAGCUGCUGCUGCGGCUCCCGGCCCUGCGGCUGAUGAGUGCAGCGGUGACCGAGGAGCUGUUCUUCGCUGGCCUCAUCGGCAACGUGCAGAUAGACAGCAUCAUCCCUUACAUCCUCAAGAUGGAGUCCACCGACUACAACAGCCAGGUGGCCACUGGAGUCUGACCUUUUGACCUGACCCACUCCGACCUGGUCACCACAGCAGCCAGAAGCAUCUCCUGGUCACCGUGGCAACAUCACCUGCAGGACAACUGUAGGGCUGUAGGCGAACUUCCAAGGUAAAAAUGCAGGGUCGUGUUCAUUAGGGCACACCAUUAGCAAAAAAAACAAACAUCUGUGGGAAGUUCAGAUAGUGCCUCCAUGUUUUUAAUUUUUCACUCCAUUUUGGACGGUUUUCUUUCCGUUUCGUACCUACUGAACACAACCCAGGUUGGCUGCAUUGCUGUGUGUCCACCUCCCUAAACAGAAUCUGAAGGUUUUCUCAAUGGAAUCAGAUGACCUUCAAUGCUGAAACAAUCCUCUUCUUUGACAACCUGAUAAUAGCUCAAGAAGGAAGACUGUAGUCCACACCCAUACAGCCGCCACGCCUGCUGUUAUCCUCCGCUUCAACAAAUGAACUUUGAGUGAGUCAAUCAAGCUUCGUAAAUUGUGCUCUUUAGUAAUGUACAGUACAUUACAUAUGUAGGAUCUUAAUUUGAUAAAUGUUGCUGAGAAUUUUCCUGCACAACAGGAAAUGCAAACUUGUGUAUUCAGGGUUUUAAAAAGGCUUCUGAAGUUUGUACUUUCCGCUUUAAAAUGUCAGACUUGAUUUGCCUUAACAGCAUUUUUUUUUAAAUCAACCCCUACAAAGAAUUUGAGUACACAUUAAUCACAUUUCCUGUUUCUGCCGGAUUAUUUUCCUGCUGUUGCAAACUGGCUCAAAUUAAGUUCCUACAUCUGUUUUCUUUAUAUCCCUUCAUUUUGUGCUUCUGAUCUCGUUUGUAUUUUGAUGAACGGACCGAGGAGCUGUUUUAACUUUUUCGAGUGCCCGCCUCAUCUGGUUUCAACAUGCACUUGUAUUAUUUUCCCAAUUUUUUUGGGAGAAACUUUUUGUCAAUGUGAGUUGGUUUGCCAUGAUGUGAUCAGUUAAGGUUAUAACCUUUAUGAUAUUUGUUUGCUAAUCCGAAGGAAAAGGCUUGUAUCACGAGUCAACACUUGUCUAACUUGGAACUCAAAGUAUCAUGUAUGUAUGUGUAAAUAUGUAUAUAGAAAUAUGUGAAGAAAAAGCUAUCAUGGACUAAAGCUGCUUAUUACAAGAAUUGUAGUUGCUAAAAUGUAGUUGCUAAAACAAUUAAGUCAUUUCAAAAUAAAAUGACAUUUCAAUGGUCAAUCAAAUGUA